GCAGACUGCACACUUCCCCACAGGGCGGGCGGCUCCUGCGCAGAGAGGGAGGCACACGGGAUCAACGGGAUCAGGGGGACGAAGUCUCAAACUGCGCUCAAACAGAGUCAGAGUUUUUGAAAGCUGCUGCGUCACUGAGAUCCGACAAGUGGAAUGACCAGCACCUCAUCACACUGCAACGGCAUGCAGAGUCUCCGCAAGGAGCACCUGUACAAGGUGCUGGUUAUCGGAGACCUGGGGGUCGGAAAGACCUCCAUCAUCAGGCGCUACGUCCAUCAGACCUACUCCACCAACUACAGAGCCACCAUCGGAGUGGACUUCGCCCUGAAGGUGCUGAACUGGGACUCUGAGACUGUCCGGCUCCAGCUCUGGGACAUUGCAGGUCAGGAACGUUUCGGAAACAUGACUCGAGUGUACUACCGUGAAGCGAUGGGAGCCUUCAUAGUGUUCGAUGUGACACGGGCCACCACCUUUGAGGCCGUCAUCAAGUGGAAAGAGGACCUGGACUCCAAACUGAUGCUGACUAAUGGACAGAGCAUUGCCACUGUGCUGCUGGCUAACAAGUGUGACCAGGGCAGAGAGUUGACCAACAACGGCAUCAAAAUGGACCAGUUCUGCAAAGACCAUGGCUUCGUCGGGUGGUUUGAGACCUCUGCUAAGGAUAAUCUCAACAUCGGUGAAGCUGCAAACUUCCUGGUCAAGCACAUCAUGGCCACAGAGAAUGACAUCCUGAAAAGCGUAAUACCGGACACAAUCUCACCUCAGUUCGACUCCAACAGACAGAUGAGCUGCUCUGGCUGCCUGAAGUAAAGAAAAGAGGAAGCAAUGGUGGGACAGAUCAGAGUGGAGACACACUUGGGAAAAGAGGGACAGACAAACCACAAGGACACAAUAUAGUCUGACUUCUUUGGUCCAAACUAGAGAUGAACAUUUUAGUUUGGCGCAUGUUUCUUUGUCUUUUCAGUACUGGAUUACAAGAGACCAGAACUCGAAAAACUAAAAUCAUGUGGACUCAGAAGUUAAACAUUUAUUAACAGUUUUGGAAACUCAUCAUAAUGUGAGUUUAAAGUUCUUGUCAGACAAACAAGUAUUUAUGUAUCACGCCAAAUGUGAUUAUUCAAACUAUCAAACAGUCAGGAUUUCCUUCUGGGACUAUUCUCUUUUAUCUGAACUACAUUCUCUUUUCACAACUGUUCACCUGGAAAAGGACUGACAACUGUUGGACCAAACUGAACCAAUGGAGUAAAUGAUCCUAUUAAUAGGUUUGAUGCAGCACACCCAAAAGUGCAGUAACUGCAGGAUGAAGACAGAAGUCUUGCAAAGGUUGUUUGCCAUUUCAAGCAAAUGUGAUUGUGUUGUUGUCCCUUUCACAAGUAUUUACCCUAACCUCCAACUUCGGUUUAGAAAUUAAUGGCUCGGUUUAUAGGCACACUAAGAUUCCACUGUUAAUCAAAAAAGGAAAAUAUUCAGAGUUUGAUGUAUGUUAUAUACACAUCAUAUUCUGUUUGGAUAUUCUGCAUUAGGCCUUGUUCUAAAUAUAGCACUUUCUGACGUGUGGGAUAUGUCAGUAUAGGUUGGGUUUGAACAGCAGUCUUUGGACAUGUUUACAGUGCAUUCGGAAUAUGCGCCUCAACUGGGGCUUUUACCACAGUUUGCAUUUGCCUGUUUAUGGUUAGCUCAGUGCAUUGUCAUAGAUAUUUUGCACACAAAGUAAUUAGACUUAAGUAUGUAAGGCUGGGGUUAAGGUGCAUGGCCAAAAGAAAAGGGCAAAGGACAUUUCUGGUUGGAGGAAAAACACAGCUAAACAUUAUAAAAGACUUGGUUAUGAAUAGGUUUUUAGACGUGCAAAUAUCGCAAUACUGACCUUUUCAAGAGGGUGGUUGGAGGAAUGAAAGUGGAUGGCUGCGAUUGCACAGUUGAACAAGUCCGACACUGGUGGAAAACUGGAAAACUGUAAGCACUGCUUCAAGUAAACUGUAAUACUCAUUAUUGGUAACUGCUUAACUUCUUGAGGUUUGUGGGGGCUGGAGCCUAUCCCAGCUGACACAUAGAUACUAACAUGCUCACUCACAUUCACACCUGCAGCCAAUUUAGAGAUGCCAAUUAACCUGGAGGAAGCUGGAGAACCUGAAAAAAACUCACACUGACAUGGACAGCACAUGCAAAUUCCACACAGACCGGCUGCAGCCGGCCAGCGGCUUCAAACCCAGAACCCUAUUGCUAUGAGGUGACAGUGCUAAUUACUUGGCCACCAUGCCACCAUUAAAACAGCGAAUAUUAAGCCAUGUAAACAGCUUAGUAGGAAUAUUAUCUUUUUCAGAGUAAGGGCAAAAAUAUUUUGUGCAUGUAAAUGUAUUCACUGUGGCUAUUCUGCAGAUGCCAAGAAAGCAGUAUCGACCACUUCCAGUGGAUCCCACAUUGCCUAAUUAUGUGAAUUUUGCACAUGCAUUCUUUUUUAAACUAUGAUUCUAAGUUAUCUACAGAGUUGAUUUAUGUGUGUAAUGCUGGUUUAUGUAUGAAGUCACAACAGAUUCAUAUUUAUAGCAACAACUCAGUCAGCUGUGAAGAGAGGGAGAGUUGAACGCUUAGAAAGACAAACAUCCUGGAGCUUGUCAGUGUAACUAGUCUUUUAUGAGCAAUGGGCAGAUCCAGUGGCACAGCCCAGGUUCAAUGAUCAAAGAUAUGUCAGACAUGUGUCUUUGACAAUGGGGGAGCGUGGUUAUCCUUCAGUCUUAAGUUUGCUGACUUAAACUACUAUAUCAGACCAAAGUGGUUUUUGCCAUUUUUCCAGAACUGGUUAAUUUGUGUGUGUGUGUGUGUUAUUUGUCUUCAUCGGAAGUAAAAUUGCGUUGAAUGUCUGGAUGAAAACUGGACAUUCUCACAGGUUCACUUGCCAAAGCCUAACCCUCUGUAUCCAUGGUAACUAGAUCCUUUUUUAUGGGUAUCUGUGUGAAGCUAUUUCUUGCUCUCACACACACACACACACACACAUGCACACAGACUGUUCCUCUCUACAUGUCCGUGUUCCUUUUUUACCUCAUCUUUUCUCCUGCACUCCAUCCUCCGUUAUUUUUUUCUUAUCCUGAAAAUUUUACUCUCUCUCUCUCUAUAAAUGUGGCUGCUUCCAGAGUCUGUCUUUAUUAUGUCCCCUGCUUCUCUUUUCCCUGCUUCUCAUUCUCUGAUUGACAUUAGACAGUAUGAUUGACAGCAUGUACGGCACAUUAUAUAAAACUGCAUAGGCUCAACUACACACCCAGAGAUGCAACACUUUUAUUGAUCUUUCAACAAAUGAGGUUUUUGGAGGUUUUUUGCAUCUUUUUAGUGACUUUGCACUUCUGUAUUACUUGGUAGUAUUUGUCUUUUUUUUAAAGGAAGCUGAGCCCAA